CUACCUUAAUUAUUGGGCCCCAGACAAACACACCCGUUGACCCUGAGAUAUUGUCGUACGUGUGCUUCACUCGUGUCAAGUGUAGACAGUGUCUGGGAUUUAAACGUGCACACGUCCUGCUGUGGUUUGGCUCUCGAUUAGACAUUUAUCCAAAUCCAGCCGUGCCUAAUCCAAGAUGUGCGAGACCAUUAAAGCAGAUUGGAACAACAAAAUUGCCAAGGAUCUCCAGGGACAUGGGACCGCCAUCUUUGUCAAUUUCCUCAUUGCCAACCCUGAUGAGCAGAAGAAGUUCACCAAGUUCGCCACUGUGGCGGCCGAUGGCCUUCCUGGGAACAGCCAGCUGCAGGCGCAUGCGCUCGUUGUGAUGAAGAAGCUUGGUGAGAUCAUCAACGCGCCCGACAUUAACGCAGCCACCAAGGAUCUGGCAGCCAGUCACAAGACCAUGAACGUCCUCGUGCCGAACUUCAAGAAAUUGUUCGUGGUGAUCGUCGACUACGUUGUGGCUAAAGCUGGAGCCGACAGAGGGACGUGGACGGCGGCUCUCGACGCCAUUGCGGUCGCUAUCGGCUCCCAACAAGGAUAGAAUAUACAGCUUCUAUAAACACACGGCUAUGCAUUCUGAAAAUGGCGACGAUAUCGUUCAGUGGACCACGCCCUUGUGCUUGUGGACCACGUCAAAUGUUUUGUUGUUUGGAUUGCGAGGUUUCCAUUGGAAUUUCAAAAAUAAAGAAGUUGAAUGUUUCUAUACAGCCUAUCAGUAGUUUUAAUAUUUUACACUGGAUAAUUGAUUAGAAUAUUUAACAUUUCUGGAUGAUGAUGGUCUUAAUAUGUUGGUUUCGGACACUGAAUGAUGUAUGUGGCUCUUGUAGAGGUAGUUCUUGCCUAAACUGUGUUUUCUUCCUCGGUUUCAAAGAAAGCUUCAGUUACCGAACUUGAAAUAAUUGAGAUAUAUUUCUAUUUUGUUUGAAAUAUCUUUCUGGUCAUUUAGAUACAUUAAGUUUUUGUUUCUUUUCGACAUUAAAUGCUUUUUAGUAGCUUAUUUUUUUCUUAUAAUUGUUUUGAAUGUUUUGUUAUGUUAUUUAUGAAUCAUCAUAUUAAAUACUACGUUUCCGUAA